AUGUACGUAACGAGGCCUCUUUCUCACUACCUAAAAUAUCCAGAUUCUCAUGGGACACCUCCCGAGGGGCCUAAUUCAGGUUACCUAAUAAUUCAAGAUGAAGAAUGCGAGACUUAUUCUUGUUUUGGCUUGUGCAAGAAUAGAACUCUCAAGAACCUACCAUUCCCUCAGAACAAGGAAUUGACUGUCCGCUAUGAACAAAGUUCUGGUGAGCACAGCCAUGUUUCUCAUGACCCAGUUUUCUUGAUUCCAGUUCUCAAUCAAGCAGUGUCUUCCAAUCGCUACUAUGCCGUCAAAUCACAUGGGAAGCAUAAAGGGGAAGCAUACACUUGCUCGAGGGAGGAAGACAUGUCCACCUGUUGUUUCUGUCGCUGCAUUAAAGAUCUAAAACCGACGGAAUUGGAUCCCAACAACAAUUAUCAGCAAAUUGAGAUUUGUCCACAUGAAACUCUAUGCACCGGUAGGGGUUACUUCUUUGCGAAAUCUGUCGGCCCUGACGGUUUUCCCCCACGUUUCUUGAGAAGAAAAGGAUGGUCAAUUUACACCAAGACUCCCAAACACUUCAAGUUAGACGAAGCACUUGGUCUUAACUCCGAACUUCGUGCUCGUCUUCCAGAAUUUAAUUUCCCUUUAUCGUGUAAGAGUUCUCAUGCCAUUGGUGUUGGGAAAUGGUAUUGUCCCUUCAUGUUUAUCAAGGAAGGAACAUUGAAAGAUCAGGUGAAAAGAUCAACGUAUUACGAGAUGACACUUGAGCAAAGAUGGGAGCAGAUUUUCACAUGCAAGAACGAAAAGAAUCAAGGAAAUUCAGUUCUAAUCGAUGUUCCUCUCGAAAAUGAAGAGGCUUUUAUUGAUGGAAACAAAGCUGUGUGGAAUGAGAACAACGUUGUUGCUGGGGUGAUGUGGUUUAGAAGUUUCCACAAUGGCGUGGAAACGAGCAUUGGGUUGAGAAUGGAAAUCAUUCAAAGAAUGAAAUGGGAGCAAAAGAGGGGUGGAUGGCAAGAUGGGGAAAGCCGGCAAGUAAAGAUUAACAGAGUCGAAGAAUUUAAAGAAAGUUGGGGUUGGAAAGAGUUUGGUUGCUAUGCCUUGGUUGAAAGAUUUGUUCUAAAAAGAAUGGAUGGAAGUUUGGUAAUGACAUACAGUUUCUUGCACACUCACCAGUUGAAGUGCAAGUGGGAAUAG